CUUCCUUUUAUAACUAUUAUAGAUGUGUAUAUAUCAUGACUUCGUUGGCAACAUCUAUUUAUAUAUCCGAACCCAGCAAACCUAUUGAAAAUUAUUACAGUCAUAACAACAUUAAGGGGCAUACAAGAUCAUUAUCAACAAGUUUAUUACCACGACCUUCUGCCAGUAGUCAUGUUUUUCAUCAUCCACCUGUCCCAAAUUUAGUUCAACAACAACAACAACAGCAACAACGACGUCGACCUUCACAUAUUCCCAAACGUAAACCAAGUACAAGUAGUACGAGUAGUGCUAGUACGACAACAACAACGGGCAGUCUGACACCUACUUCAACAACUUUAUUAUCACCCCCUCUUCAUUCAUCAUCUAUAGCGCGUACUCAUUCUUCUCCACUAAAAACGAGAACUCAUCAACAAUAUGUCAAAACAGCAGCUGUCGUUGUUCAUUGCCUUGGAACUCAAUUGCAAGUGGACAACAAUCAAAUGGAUUCAGGAGUGACGAUCUCGCGACAACAACAUGACCAAGUGGAUAAGAGAAAAGGAAAACGAUUUAUAUUUGAUAAAACCCUUUGUGAAAAAGAUUCCCCUCAAGAUAUGAUGAUCGUGUUACAGCCGCUAUUACGCCAGUGUUUGGAGGGAUAUAAUGGUACUGUUCUAUCUUAUGGUCCAGCCAAAUGUGGAAAAUCAUCGAUCAUGGUAAGAUCUUCAUUGACUUCUGGCAUCAUCAUCAGGUCGUUGGAAUCGUUAUUUGAAAUGAUGUAUCAAGCUACGAACAAGGAAUUUUUGAUCCGUGCUUCUCAUUUUGAAAUUUAUCAAGAUGUCUUGUAUGAUUUAUUAUGUCCUUCUAAUGCAAAGAUUGAUAUACAUCAAACCAAAAAGAAAAGUGCAUAUGUUGCUCCUCUUGAAGAAGAAAUCAUUACUUCACCUUCUGAUGCUUUAAGAAUCAUUCAAAAAGGUCAAGCUAAUCUUUAUUUUUCUAAAGACAAACAUCAGUAUCACAAUAGUCAUGUGGUUUUCCAAUUGGCAAUUGAAUCCUAUAGCAUCCCAACUCAUCUCCAACAACACUCACCUGGUCUUUUAUCGCCAUCCUUAUCAUCUUCUCGUCUUUUACGAAAUGUGAACAUAUCUCAAUUGAUGUUUGUGAAUCUAGCGGAUUGCGAAAGACCACCUCAAGUGUCAUCCAAUCAAGGCACCUCUAUUUAUAGACGACAUGCAAAAAAGGAUACGAAUUUGAUCGCCUUUGAAGAUGCUAUCAUGCAACUCACCGGGAAAACGAAAAGUAUGCCAUUCACUGUCACAUCCAUGGACCAAUCUCCUUUGACUCGUUUAUUAGAAUCAUCAUUGGCUGGCCAAACUAAUCUGCUCUCCAUCUGUACUAUUCAUGAUCAAUAUCAUCCAUACGAGUUUCUCAAAUUUGUUCAUCGUCUUGGUAAACUUUCAGUGUCCCCCAAUCCCAAUCAGAUAUCUGAAGGUCAAUCUGUUUUAAUGCGACAUCGUCGAGAUAAGAUCAAAUUGAAAGCUAAACUGAUGCAAUUGAACAUGGAUUUGAAUCAACCUAAUUUAAGCACGGAGGAUUUACAUCAUCGACAGGCAGAAAUGGCAAAAGUUGAAUUGACACAACGAUUAGCACGCAUUCAAGAACAAAUCAUCACAUCAGAUAUCCUAUCAUCAAAAGAAGAAGAGGCAUCAUCAAAUCAUCUUGUCCAAAGUCUGUGUAACGAAAAACGCCUUUUACAAGAUCAUCAAAAGCAGUUGUUGGAUCAACUUUCAUCGGUGGAACAACAAGUGAGAUGGAUGGAACAACAUAAACAUGUCGUAGACAACAUUCAGUUCUUACAAGACGAGUUACGUGUGGCCAAGACCGAAUUGGAAGUUACCAAAUUACUUGUGUCCUAGCAUCUUUAUUCAUACCCUGACUAUUGGUUUCUUUUAUUAGUAUAUAUCAAAUAAUCAGAAUAUCCUUUAUCAAAUAUAUGCAUGUGUGUGUG